CUCACUCAUUCCAUUCAUUCUCCAGAAGUGAAGUGCAGGUCGGCCCCUUGUAGGUGCUGUGUUGUAAACGUACUUGUCAUUUUCACCCGCACAGAGACGCAAGCGUCGUGUCUACCACGAACAGCAGCCACAACACACCAAGCUGCAUCUUCAAUACCCAGGUGACGUCCAGAAGAGAUGCCGGUCCAUCCCGACACUCCCAACCUUUUCGGGCUCACCCAGUAUGACGGAGCAACAUCUUUCUUCGAUGGUGCAGCCAGUCUGAACCAGGCCACCGGCUAUGCCAUCGUGGUUGGAUUUGGUGCCUUCUUCACUAUCUUCACCACCAUCCUGGUCUUCCUUGAUUACCGGUAUGGAGGAACCAAGCAGACCAGUGAGCAGUUCAAUUGUGGAGGCCGCUCCAUCAAGCAGGGCCUCAUUGCUGUUGACAUUGUCAGCCACUGGACCUGGGCCGCAACUCUGCUGCAGUCCAGCAACGUCGCCUACAAGAACGGAAUCUCUGGCCCCUUCUGGUAUGCUGCUGGCGCUACCGUGCAGAUCCUGCUGUUCGGCAUCCUGGCCAUUGAGAUCAAACGCAAAGCGCCCACCGCUCACACCGUGCUUGAAAUCGUCAAUGCGCGCUGGGGUAGGGCAGCUCACCUGACCUUCUUCGUCUUCUGCAUCAUGACCAACAUCCUGGUGACUGCCAUGCUCCUGCUGGGCGGUGCUGCCGUCAUCAACGCUCUCACUGGCAUGAGCAUCUACGCCGCGGCUUUCCUUAUCCCCAUCGGUAUCAUCCUGUACACCGUGGCUGGUGGGCUCAAGGCCACCUUCCUCAGCUCCUACAUCCACACAGUCAUCAUCUACGUGGUGCUGUGCCUCUUCGCCUUCCUGGUGUACACCCCCUCCCACGUGGAGCAGCUCGGCUCCCCUGCCAAGGUGUGGAACAAUCUGCACAAGAUGGCUGAACAAUUCCCCGUUGAGGGCAACAUGGGUGGCAGCUACCUGACCAUGUUCUCCAAGGGCGGCUUCAUCUUUGGCAUCAUCAACAUCAUCGGCAACUUCGGCACCGUCUUUGUCGACCAGGCGCGCGGCUACUGGCAGAGCGCCAUCGCGGCCAAGCCGUCUGCCGCGCACACGGGCUACCUGAUGGGGGGUCUGAUGUGGUUCUGCAUCCCCUUCACGCUUGCCACCACCAUGGGCCUCGGCGCACUCGCCCUCGACCUGCCCAUCACCGUCGCUGAGGCCGGAGAGGGCCUGGUGCCCCCCGCCACAGCCGUCUUCCUGAUGGGCAAGGCCGGCUCCAUCCUGAUCGUGACCAUGCUCUUCAUGGCCGUGACAUCCGCUGGAUCUGCCGAACUGGUCGCAGUGUCCUCCCUGUGCACCUACGACAUCUACCGCACCUACAUCAACCCCAAGGCCACCGGCAACGCCAUCAUGAGGAUCAGCCAGGUCAUCAUCUGCGCGUUCGGAAUCUUCAUGGGAGUCCUCGCCAUCGUGCUCCUCGAGAUCAAUGUCUCCCUCGGAUACGUGUACCUGCUCAUGGGAGUGCUGAUUGGCUCAGCCGUGAUUCCCAUCGCGUACUGCCUGGUCUGGUCCAAGUGCACAGCUACCGCGGCCAUCACCGGCGCUGUCAGCGGAAUCUGCCUCGCCAUCAUGAGCUGGCUCAUCUCCGCCAAGACCCUGGAGGGCGAACUCACCCUCUACAGCACCGGCCAGGACUACCCCAUGCUGAUCGGCAACCUGGUGGCCAUCUUCUCCAGUGGCAUCAUCUGCACAGUCAUGUCCCUCAUCAAGCCAGACGCCUACGACUGGCAGACCACCCGCGAGAUCCCCAUGGUCGACGAUACAGAGACCGGGUUCACCGAGGACGGCCCAGACUCACACGCCGCCAUGGAGCACGCCUACAAGUGGAUCCUCAAGUGGGGGGGCGGCACCGCCUUUAUUCUGAUCGUGGCCUGGCCUUGCCUCACCCUGCCCGCCAAGGUCUUCUCUCAGGGCUACUUCACCUUCUGGGUCAUCCUCUCCAUUGUCUGGGGCCUGAUUGCCACCUUCCUGGCCACCUUCCUUCCGUUGUGGGAGUCUCGCGCUGUGCUCAUCGCUGUCCUCAGUGCUCUCGUGUCCUGCAAGCGCGCAGACCCCAAGGACAUGGAGGAGUUUGGCAAGUUUGCCGGCAAGCCGGGCGUGCCGCGCGUGCCAGGCGGAAACCCUUUCGUGACCCCCGACACCACCGUGCACAACCCUAAGGAGGGAGAUGUCGAAUUGGGCAAGGCCACCACCGAAACCACCAAGCCCUGAGUCAGUGACAGCUGUCUGCAAAGGCAACGCCGCAAGAAUGACGCCCUCACCUGCCAAAGCGCGGCAGGAGUCUGGCUGUGCAGCAAACACACGACCAUUCUUGAGGCCUGUCUGACGCAAUUUUUCCCGGCUCCGGCCAGAAUUAAUUCCCUGGGUCUUGAGGCUGUCGAGCCGAACAGUUUGUGUUAGUUUUUGUCGGGGUCACGCAGACUGGGGACAAGCCGGGCUGUAGCACCUGCGCAUAUGACAGAUGUUGGGCGCUUGGGUCGGCAGUUUUUUUUAAUGGGAGAUGGGGUCUUUCUAAAAGGGAGACAUGGUCUUUGUAAAAGGGAGGCAUGGCCAUUGUCAGGGCUUCAUUUGGCACAGGCUUGCAAUUUGAUCUGCAGUGCAAAUGGAUAAGACAUGGCCUGUGUUUCAUAUUGGGGCAUCGUGUGUCGGAAGUACGCGACUUGGAUGAGAUGCAUCAAAGAUUGAAGUUCUGCUUUGUCACUUUUUGGUGCAGGUAACACCAUUUUUGUCAGCAAUAUUGAAGGUGGCAGGCUAAGAGAGGGGUAUGGUUUGGGGCAUAUUACUCUUGUUGCCACAGCGUGCCUGUGGGCUUAUUCAAGAUGCAAGGGAUGGAAGUGAUGUUGCCAAUUUGAUCUGUGCUGUUCAGAGGAUGAACUUGACCUGCCGUUGUCUCUCCCUUUCAGGGGCAAGCUGCAUCUUCUGGGUGCUGUGGUCUUGACAGAGUCUGUGUGACUGACCGACUGCAGCACUUGAUGCUUCAAGUCUGACUGUCACUGCGACAACUGCCGGGCAAGACAAUACAAGUAAAUUGGCCGCCUUUUGGGUCACCUUUAAGAAUUACCAAACCCGUGACAAUGUGACACAGGUCACAUGUUUGUUGUGACGUCAUGUGUAUCAGUAUCGUGUGAUGCUUUUGAGAUUAUAGCGCCACGGUGUCGGCAUGGGGCUUUCAAAUGUUUUGACCCCCGGGCCGGUCAAUUCAGGGGCGGGGUGAUGGAACUUUGGAGCUGUAUGCAGAACCCGAAUUGGGGCCUGCACAGUAAGUAAAGAUUGUAUUGUGUAUAUUUGAAUUGGAAUCUGUGUGUCAUUCCUUCUAUGUAAAUCUGUUGCUGGUUGAU